CAACAGUUGGUACGAUCAAGUAGUACUUACUUAUUAUUGAAAAUAUUGAUUAUUUAAGAAGCUUUAAAUUAUUUCUUUCAAAGUUGAGGUACAAAGACACCUGUAAAAGCAGCUUAUCUAAGUUUGGAUUAAAUGUCAGCAUCUGAGAAGAAAUAGCUGAGGACAGGAACGCAGCUAGGAAAAUGAUAAAGGAAAGAACUAUAAUGUUAGACAGCUGUCUCAGAUACAACCAGGCUGAGAAGUGCAUAUGAUGAAAGGAAAACAACGGAAAUACAGAGCUUCGAUCCACCUCAGUAACAUGCAAGCACUGCGGCAACAGAAUUUGCGCUUCAAACAUAAGAAGAUAAAGAAUUAGCCAUAAAAGAAGCUGCAUGAAGACAACCUUGAUACCAUCUGAAGCUAAACUGACCGUCUGCAUAAACGACAAGAGCCAUGAGGGCCUAUGUAGGCUACGUUAAAUUUCUUAAGAAGCACUACAUCCAAAGUUCAUAAAAUUGCACCUCUGGUUGUAUGAUAAGACAAGAUAUUAUUGUUGUACUUCUCUGGAUGAGCGCUGUCCCUUGGUUGUUUUAUUGCAAGGACAUUAACAAUUUGAAGUUGACAUUAACUGCCAUGUAUAUAGGAAGAUAAUUGAUAAUAACUUUCUGUCAGGUCUAAAGCCAAAGUAGAGCCGCUUUGAAGAGUUUAAAAUUCACCACACAUGAAAAAAACUAGGGUAGGCUAAUGCUGAAAGUAAUUAUUAAGUAGUAUAAUGUCGGCUAAAAUAGCUCACUUAUUUUAUACCAACCACACAGCAAUAAUUAAUGAUUCAAAUAGCAGAAAGUGCUAAAUUGACCAAUACUUUUGUUUUUCUCCCCAUCUUACAUUCACCCACUCUCCCCAUCCACCUUGGUUUUAAACAUCAUAUCAUACCAUCGAUCGGGGUGGAUGGGGGAGGGGGACUCAUUAGAAAUAUUAAUACAAACUGUGUAAAAAUAAAAUACCAUAGCUUAAAAGAAAGAGUUUAUCGUUUAUUGUGUACAUUGUAAUGCCGGCAGUACACUACACUGCAUAACUCGUUCAUAGUAUUAUUGACAAGUAGGCAUUAGGCAGGCAUACAGGGACAAGGAGACAAGAGAACGUGCUAGUUGUUGAGUGUCCAGAGCAUUGUUGUACGUAUCGGAUGAGCGAGCUCUAGAAUCCCAUUGGUACCUGAAAAAGAGCAAGCGUUUGCAUCAUUAGUGUCUAAGAAACUUACAUUCUCUACGAUGUCAGUGACGCCAGAAAAAAGAGUUCUUUCCAUUCAAAGUUCUGUUGUGUCCGGCUACGUGGGGAAUAAAAGUGCAACUUUUCCCCUGCAGCUGCAUGGCUAUGACGUGAGCACAAUCAACUCGGUACAGUUCUCCAACCACACAGGUUAUGGAAAGUGGAAGGGGCAAGUUCUCAACGCCCAGGAAGCCUCGGACCUGUUUGAGGGUCUGAGAACCAACGGAUUGCUCAACUAUUCCCAUGUCCUCACAGGGUAUGUCGGAUCGGAUUGCUUCCUUCGUAAAGUCGGAGAAGCUGUGAAGGAGAUGAAGAGCAAAAAUCCAAACUUGAUAUACGUGUGUGACCCUGUGAUGGGAGACAAUGGGAGACUGUAUGUGAGUGAAAAACUGGUGCCCAUCUACCGGACGGAGAUUGCUGAACAGGCAGAUAUCAUUACGCCGAACCAGUUUGAACUGGAACAACUGACACAGCUCCCAGUCACCACGGAAACGGAAGCGUUCGCAGCCAUGGAACAGCUGCACCAGCGCGGCGUCCGGGUGGUAGUGCUGAGCAGCAGCAAUCUAGGUCAAGGUCAGGUGAUGCUGUGUCUGGCCAGCAGCAGGGAAGGCAGCACUACGAAGAAAUACAGACUGAAAAUUCCCAAACUUGACGCUCCUUUUGUGGGCACCGGUGACCUCUUUGCUGCGUCGCUUUUGACGUGGAUGGACAAGGAGAAAAACUUGAAGGGUGCUCUGGAGAGGACAGUCAGCAUUGUGCAGAAAGUCAUCAAAAGAACUUUGGAGCAAGCUCAAAGUCUGGCGGGCCCCGGUGUGCGCCCCAGUACGUCCCAGAUGGAGCUCAGGUUGGUGCAGUCCAAGGCAGACAUCGAAGACCCCGCGGUGGACAUGAUAGCGGAGGAGGUUCAGUGACGACCCCACGGCAUAGUGGGAGGGGGGGGAGCCCAUGAUAGAGUGUGAUAAUCAGGGAUCAAAGCACUGUUGUUGACCUCAGCUCAUCCGUCAUCGACAUCUUCACGUCACCGAGACUGUGUUCUCGGAUGUGUUCUGGUUGCAGGAAAGCAGGGAUUUUCUUUUUACUAGAACUCUUUCCUUUCUGUCUUUCUUUCUUUCUAUCUUUUUAUCUCUCUGUCU